AGCAUUGCCAAAAAAACACAGCUACGUAAGUUUUUUGGCAGCCUGUCAACUACUAAUCUAGUCACCAUGAGUCUUUCUGCAAAGGACAAAUUGGCGGUGAAGACCUUCUUCGACAAAGUUGCCCCUAGGGCUGAAGACAUUGGCAGCGAGGCUCUGGCCAGGACUCUGUUCGUUUACCCUCAGACAAAGACCUACUUCUCCCAUUGGAAAGACUUGGGCCCCGGCUCACCUCAGGUGAAAAAGCAUGGGCUGACCGUGAUGAAUGGCGUCCUGAGCGCUGUCGGGCUGAUGGAUGACCUCAAGGGGGGUCUGCUCACCCUCAGCGAGCUGCACGCAUUCAUGCUUCGCGUGGACCCUGCUAACUUCAAGAUCAUCAAUCACAACCUCCUCGUUGUGCUCUCAAUGAUGUUUCCUCAAGACUUCACUCCUGAGGUACAUGUUUCUGUGGACAAGUUCCUGGCUCAGGUCAGCCUGGCCCUGGCCGAGAAGUACCGCUAAAGUCGACCCUGUGGGCAUCAUCUCAGACGCGACUCUGUUUCACCUUAAUGAGGAUGAAAAUAAUAAAAUAAAAUGUUUGAAAUCAA